UCUUUCUCCCUCCUCAGUCUGCCUUGCUGUAAACACAUUUCACCAUUCUCUCCUUCUCUCUCGCCGUUAUUCGGUAGGAGUGGCCAGAGUGACUGCCGUCACGGGUGAUUUCUUUCUUUCUUUUUAUUUCUUUUUGUGCUUUUUGUCCUCCACCUCCCCCUCCUAAGCUGCCACCGCCCCUCGUGACCAGGAAAAACAAGGGCAAAGCAUUAGCUUCUUUCUCUCUCUCAUUCUUGCGGGGUUUUUUUCUCUCUCCUGUGGAUGAGACAUGACGGACCUGCUGGAUGUGAGCCAGAUCAGCUGUACAAUGAUCGGUGUGGAGCAUGACAUCGAGACUCCCCAAGGUGUUCUCCAUGUCACUUUGAGAGGAACACCUAAAGGCAACCGUCCCGUCAUCCUUACAUACCACGACAUUGGCCUUAACCAUAAGUCAUGCUUCAACACUCUUUUUAACUUUGAGGACAUGCAGGAGAUCACGCAGCAUUUUGCCGUGGCGCAUGUGGAUGCUCCAGGCCAGCAGGAGAAUGCAGCACCUUUCCCCACUGGGUUUCAGUACCCAACGAUGGAUCAGCUAGCUGAGAUGCUGCCCUCAGUCCUGACCCACCUAAAGAUCAAUAGUGUGAUUGGCAUCGGUGUUGGCGCUGGAGCCUACAUUCUGACCAGACUGGCACUGAAUCAGCCUACUCUAGUAGAGGGACUGGUUCUUAUUAAUGUGGACCCCUGUGCAAAAGGAUGGAUGGACUGGGCCGCCUCAAAGUUGUCAGGAUGGACCAGCAACCUGGUGGACAUAGUGAUGGCACAUCAUUUCAGCACAGAUGAGCUGACGGAAAACCAGGAGAUCAUUCAGACGUACCGUCUACACAUCGCUCAGGAUAUGAACCAGGACAACCUGGCAUUGUUCUGCAACUCCUACAACAGCCGCCGAGAUCUAGAGAUUGAGAGGCCCAUCGUAGGCCUUAACGAGGAAACUGUCAACACUCUGAAGUGUCCUGCAUUGCUUGUUGUGGGUGAUACGUCUCCAGCUGUGGAGGCCGUUGUUGAGUGCAACUCGAGGUUAAACCCUACAAAGACCACCCUUCUGAAGAUGGCAGAUUGUGGCGGGCUGCCCCAAGUUGUACAACCUGGUAAACUUGCUGAGGCCUUCAAGUACUUUGUCCAGGGUAUGGGUUACAUGAUGCGAGCUCCAGGGUUCCCCCAUGUGCUCCUCAGCCAUCUGAACAGCGAAGCAGUGCCCACUGCCAGCAUGACGCGCUUGGCACGCUCUCGUACCCACUCAGCUUCCAGCAUGAACUCCGUGGAAGGCGCACGAAGCCGCUCUCACAAUAACUCCCAGGAAGGGGCUGCUGCCAGCCCAGGUCACGAGAACCAAGCCAGACCACAAACCAUGGAGGUGUCCUGCUAAAUCUGCCUCUAAUUCUGUCUCCUUAUGCCACAUUCUCUCACAUAUUUUCCCUCAUAUUCAUAAAUCUGUACGCAUUUGUUUGUUUUUUAUUUAAAUCUUAAUUGGUUCCUGAUAUGUGCAUAUGAUGAAGACUGAUGUCUCUUUGUUAGAAGUGUUCAUGUUCAGAAGGCACUUGUUGUUGAGAAGGAUGCAUCUUCCUAUUGCUUUUUCGUACUGUAGAGAAGACCAAACCACAUCUCACAUCUCUGUCCAUCUCUUCAUUCCAUUUGGUUAUGGCGCACGCCACUGACUUGUAUUUUUUUUUCGCUUUUGACCACAGUUUUCUGUUCUCCUGUCAAUAUUCUGUGCUUCGUGAAAAUAUCAGUCUCUAGAUUGCAGAAUAGUUGUUAACCUUGUUUUUCUGUACAUUCUCACAAAAAUCUAUUGAUAAGCAUGCCCUUUUUAAUGUAACUUAAUGGACGUGUAUAUUGGGAUUUGUUUUGUUCAGCUGUUUCUGCAGAUACUGUAGACCUCAACCACCCAUGGGGUAACUUUGCACUGUAACACAGAUGUAUUGAUAUAUUUAGACCAGAACACAGUUUUUCUGGCAUAGCUGCCUUUCAAUAAACUCAUUAUGACUACUAGGUAAACCCAUUUAGAGAGAAUGACCUGGGCAGAACAAACAACUUCACAAACACAUUAGUCUCUAUAGCCUAUUGAGAGAGGAAAAGAGAGACAUGGUCAUUCAUUAUAAUCUCGUAAUAGUUGUGGUGGAUUUAAUAAUUUAAACUAUACACUCCCUGCUAACAAAUAUUUGACAAAGGGGUUUGGUUUUAACUUCCUCCACCCCUCCUGUACAGUGAAUAGAUAUUCCAGUUUACUUGAACUGUACUGAUUACUUCCUCUAUUAGAUUUUGUAGCUAUAUUAUUAUUACUACUAUUAAUAUAAAUACUGUUGCUAUAAUGUAUCCUUGGAUGUGUAUUCAUUGUUGCUCUAUGAUUGUACUGCCUUGAGUGAGCUUGUGACAUCAGGCUUUGUCCUCUAAGCAUAUAGGGGGCGCUGUACUUCUGCUGAGUGUACUGAUUUGUACUAAUUAAUAAAGUUAGAGGUUAUACAGAAA